AUGAAUGUCCGGGCUUUCCCGUUAUUCCCUGGGUCCUAAAGCCCGCCUGGCCAAAGCCAGGUGCCCUGAGGAUUGUGGACUGCUGGUACCGGAUAGCUUGGUGAUCUCACGACUGCCGCUUUCAAAUACAGGGGCGGCAGACAGGUUUUAAUGUGACUUCAAGAAGUGAGAGAACAAGUGAUAUUUGAAAUCUUGUGGUGCAAACAAUGUUACAUAUGAAAAUAGCAUUAAUUGUUCAGAGAACAUAAAGCAGAAAAUUAGUUGUAAUGGAUUCUCAAGUGAGUUACCCAGCCUCUGAAAUGAAACGCAGGCACUCUGGAAAGGCAGUUUUCCACAAUCGCUGUGAGGCUGAUGCGGAAACAAAGGAAGAUCUGAGAAGAAAGCUUCAUCAAGCCAAGAAAGAGAAACUUGACAUAACUACUAAACACAAUGCAGAGCUAUCAAACUAUGAAAGCCAGAUUGCAAAACUGCGAGCAGAAGUUGAGAAAGGUGAAGCUUUCCGACAAAGCCUGGAGUAUGAAUUAGCUGUGGCAAGGAAAGAAUAUGGGAUAGAACGGUAUUCCUCAGAAGAAAAAAUAGGUGGAGCAAACAAACAAAUAGGACAGCUGCAAGAAACCAUCAGAGCUCUUCAGCAGAAGUUGAAUGAGACAGAGAAAACAUUUCACAUCAGUAGAUGUCAGUGGGAUGAAAAGCAACGAAGACUCAUCAACGAGUUAUCAGAAAAAGAGUUAAUUAUUAAUACCUGUCACACUGAAUAUGAAUCACUUUUGAAGGAGAAGACGAAAUUGGAUCAUAUUUUGGAGGAAAGCACCAGCACAGUGCAGAGCGUUCACAAAAAAGUACAAGAACUAGAACUAGAACACAGUGGCUGUUCAGAAGCCUUGAGGCGACAGGCCAGCGAAAUUGAGUUCAGCGCUGAACGUGAGGCUCGACUUAAAAAAGAACUUGAGCUAGCUAUGGUCAGAAUAAAAAAACUGGAGGAAAACAUUGAGGCAGAGAGGGCGUCACAUCUGGAAUCAAAAUUUAAUUCUGAAAUAAUUCAGUUACGGAUACGAGACCUUGAAGGAGCUUUACAAGUGGAGAAGGCCAGCCAAGCAGAAGCUUUCUCUGAGUUGGAAAUGUUCAAAGGCAAAUUUAGAGAGGUAGAAAAUGCCUACGAGAGAGAGAAGCGUAGUGCUCACGACAGCUUGGAAAAACUCAGCGUGUUGGAAAGGGAACAUCUAACUAUAAACAAACGGCUAAACGAAGAAAUGGAGGAAAAGAAGAAAGUAAUUAAAGACCUCUCUGAGAGACUCCAGGAUAAUGAAAAAAGUUACAAAGAAUUACAGGCUGAACUUCUCCUGGCCAAGAAACGCCAGACCUUCCUAACAGAGACAUGUGAAAACAAUGUGAGAGAGUUGGAGUCACUUCUGGAUAGCUUUACUAUGUCAAACCAGUGGACAGCAGGCAUUCACAAGGACAAAGAUAAACCUCCAAGCUUCACUCUUGUCCUUGAGACUUUGAGGCAUACCUUGACAGAUUACCAGAACAAGCUAGAAGAUGCAUCUAAUGAGCUAAAGAAAAUGACAGUUAUUUCUGAGAAGAUGGUGAAAGAACUUGAGGCUUCCCAGCACCAGCUAAGAUCUCAAACUCAAGAACUUCAGGAAGCACACGAUAAUCUUACUGAUGCCAGCAAGGAGUUAAAUAAUCUGCAAACUAAGUAUACAGACAGAGAAUCUUUAAUAGCCACAUUAAAAAUCGAACUACAAAACGUACUGCAUUGCUGGGAGAAAGAAAAAGUGUGUUGUACAGAAUAUAAAAAUGAAAUUCAGAAGCUUACACAGGCUUAUGAGAAGGAUACAGAGGAGAAGCUAACUUUCCUUCAUACUUUAUACCAGCACUUGGUAGCAGGCUGUGUUCUUAUAAAGAAAUCAGAAGGCAUCCUGGAUAAAUUCUCUUGGCCGGAGCUUUGCACCAUCUUGCAGGAGAAUGUUGAUACCCUGAUCUUAGACCUCAACAAGGCUAAUGAGAAGAUAUCACACCUUGAAUAUGUUUGUAAAAAUAAGUCAGAUACAAUGAGGGAGAUUCAACAGACUCAGGAAGACACUUUGAACAAAGUUGCCAAACAGAUGAAAGCUCAAGAAAGCUGUUGGUUAAAGCAGAAGAAGGACUUGGAACAGCAAUAUUCUGGACUCCUUGGGGAAGUUCACACAAGGGCACAGAAAUAUCAAGAAAUGGCAGAAAAAGCCAAAGAGAAGUUCUCUGCUAUUGAAAAUAUUCAAGAGCAAUUACUCCUUGAGAAUUCACACCUUAAAGCUUUGUUGACACAGACUCAGAAAGAACAUACAUCUCUUCUAGCAGCGUGUGCACUGUUGUCUGGGGCGCUGUAUCCCCUCUACUGUCGGUCGUGUGCUCUAUCUACCCAGAGAGACGUUCUUCAGGAUCAGGUCAACACCUGUGACAUUUUCAAGCAGGAGAUCAGGAUACUGGCCAGUGCAUUGUGUGAAACUGAGGAAAGGAAGCUAAGCAACAGCAAGGUGAAGAAGAAAAGACAUUCCAGAGGCUGGAUACACCUUUUCCGCAAAACUGUUAUUGCAGUGCUGGCUGUCAACAGGCUUCAGAUUUUAGGCCAGUCAUGCAACUCCCUUUUCUCCUGGGUAGAUGGCGUCAGAGAAGGCAUAGGAAUCUUAGUCUGCAUUGGAGAUUCCAAGGAUGUGCAUAAUCUGUCAAGACAUCAAAAGGAGCAGUUUCGCUGCCUUCAAGCACUCAGUUGGUUUACUAGUUCUGACCUUCUUGCUGCAGUUCUUAGUUCUAUGGUUGAGCUACAAGAAGUAAUUAAUAAGGCAGAUCUGAAAUCCUGGCUUUCAGGACAUUUGCUCACCAACGCAGCAAGAAAUUCAUUUUCAAAACUCAUGGACAAACUUUGCAUCGUGAUGGAAGUUACUCCAGUGGACCACAGCAGGAAUAUGACUUAUGUAGAGAAAGACUCCUUGGUUCAAAGACUGGCUCGUGGGCUCCAUAAAAUAAAUGCACAGACACUCGAAGCAGGCAUAACUAACCGGACCCCUGCUAUGAAAAACAUAGCAACCUUGCAGAAGCAGAUAUUUGAAUUUACACAAAGGCUGCACACAGCAGAAGUAGAACGGCGGUCAUUGCGCUUGGAGCUCGCAGAAUUUAAACGGAAUUUGGAUGAGACAAAGAAAGAGGCUGACAAAGCCCAUAGUUUGCAAGAGCAAUUAAAUGUGUUUAAGCAAUCUAAAUUGAUCACCCACGAGAGGUUUGAAAGUGCAUGUGAAGAACUAAAUAAUGCAUUACUCCGGGAGCAGCAGGCACAAAUGCUUUUGAACGAACAGGCGCAGCAGCUCCAGGAAUUGCAAUAUAAACUGGAAUUGCAUUCUUCCGAGGAGGCAGACAAAAACCAAACUCUCAACGAUGCUGUAAAGAGUCUCUCCGAGGCAAAGAUGGAGCUGAGAAGAAAAGAUCAAUCUCUGCGUCAGCUCAAUAGACAUCUUACCCAGCUGGAGCAGGACAAGCGUCGACUGGAAGAGAGCAUCCACGAUGCAGAGAGUGCCCUCCGCAUGGCAGCAAAAGACAAAGAAUUAAUUGCUAGUCAUAUGAAAUCAGUGGAAUCUACCUUUCAAAAUGUCAGAGAUCAGAUCUCACUGUCAUGGACUGCGGCAGGCAGGAAUGACUUCGCCCUGCAGCUGCCUAAGCUGCACCUGGAGACCUUUGCAAUGGAAGGGCUGAAAGGAGGGCCAGAGGUUAUAGCGUUCCAGGCUAUGAUUAUAAGUUUCAUAGAUGUCUAUCAUCUUGCAUGCUCCAGAGUCUCCACAUUAGAAAGAGAAAUAACAUCCCAUCGGCAUCACAUUGCAGCUCUGAAAUCAGAACUCCAAACAGCUUGUCUUCGUGAAAAUGAAAGCUUACACUCAGGUUCACGAAACACUUCAAGCAUCAUUACGGUCUCAAGUUCUUUACCCCAGCUAGAUCAAGGCUGUGUUCCAGGUUUUUUGCCACUGAAGGCUGAAUCAGAUUAUGAUCCAUCUUUUACCUUGGCACAUAAUACACCCUAUUCUCAAAUUUCAUCAUCCUUUUCCUCAAACCUACAUGCCACCUCUGCCAAAAGAGCAAUGCCAAAUGGAUGCUAGAAUCUAGUCAUUUUGUAAGCAGCUGAAAGAGAAUUAAUUAAAGUCCGAUUUUAUUAGGA